UAUUUGAUAAAAUAAAAUGUUGAUAAAGUCAUAUUGCUUAUCAUAUUUUUAUAUUAUUACUGUAAAGAAAGCUACCAAACGGAUAUUAAAUGUUAAUACAUGUUAAAAUAUAUUUGCAUUAGUUUCAAACUUGUUAUGAAUUACUAAUUUUAGAAUUACAAUGACUACUAACCCAAGAACGGGCACUGAUCCGGUACCUUUUGAGGAGAGUGACCAACUCACUAUUAGACCAUUAGGAGCUGGUCAGGAGGUGGGAAGAUCAUGUAUAAUGUUGGAGUUCAAAGGCAAAAAGAUUAUGUUGGACUGUGGCAUACAUCCGGGGUUAUCAGGCAUGGAUGCAUUGCCAUUUGUGGAUUUGAUUGAAGCGGAUGAAGUUGAUGUACUACUUAUAUCACAUUUCCACCUGGACCACAGUGGAGCCCUGCCCUGGUUCCUCACAAAAACCUCGUUUAAAGGCAGAGUGUUCAUGACUCACCCUACUAAAGCUAUUUACAGAUGGCUCGUGUCUGAUUAUAUCAAAGUUAGUAACAUAUCUACAGAGCAGAUGCUGUACACAGAGUCGGAUUUAGAAUCGUCUAUGGAUCGAAUAGAAACCAUAAACUUCCAUGAGGAGAAGGAUGUCCGCGGUGUGAGAUUCUGGGCUUACAACGCCGGCCACGUGCUCGGAGCUGCCAUGUUCAUGAUCGAAAUUGCUGGUGUCAAGGUGUUGUACACAGGUGACUUCUCAAGACAGGAGGACAGGCAUCUGAUGGCCGCUGAAAUACCCACAGUGCAACCCGACUUGACGUUGGUAACUUGUUGCGCAGGAGUCUACGUAAACGAGAAACGGGAAGAGCGCGAGAGUCGGUUCACCGGAUUGGAAGAGAUCGUCACACGAGGCGGCCGUUGUCUUAUACCAGUGUUUGUUGGACGAGCCCAGGAGCUGCUACUUAUACUCGAUGAGUACUGGUCACUGCACCUCGAGCUGCAGGACAUCCCAAUCUACUACGCGUCGUCGCUCGCCAAGAAGUGCAUGGCGGUGUACCAGACGUACAUCAACGCGAUGAACGACCGCAUCCGGCGGCAGAUCGCGAUCAACAACCCGUUCGUAUUCAGACACAUAUCCAACCUCAAGGGUAUAGAUCAUUUCGAGGACAUAGGUCCGUGCGUGAUCUUGGCGUCCCCGGGUGUGAUGCAGUCGGGACUGUCGCGAGAACUGUUCGAAUUAUGGUGCACGGAUUCCAAGAACGGCGUUAUUAUUGCAGGCUACUGCGUGGAAGGCACGCUCGCCAAGACGAUCCUAUCGGAGCCGGAGGAGAUCACCUCGAUGUCGGGGCAGAAGCUGCCGCUGAAGAUGUCGGUGGACUACAUAUCGUUCUCAGCGCACACAGACUACCAGCAGACGUCGGAGUUCAUCAACAUACUGAAACCGCCACACGUGGUGUUGGUGCACGGCGAGCAGUACGAGAUGUCUCGAUUGAAGGCGGCGCUGCAACGAGAACACCGCGGCCGCAUUGUGCUUCACACGCCGCGCAACACGCAGCUGCUCGCGCUUACUUUCCGCGGAGAUCGCACUGCCAAGGUGAUGGGGUCGCUAGCUAUGGAUCCACCGAAUGCUGGUAACCAGUUACAAGGCAUCCUCGUCAAGAGGAACUUUAAUUAUCACAUACUGGCACCUUCGGAUCUCAACAAUUACACGGAGCUAAGUCAGUCGGAGGUGACGCAGCGGCAAUCAAUUCACUACGGGGGGUCGCCGGCGUUACUGCGGCACGUGGUGAUGCAGCUCGCGGGCCACGUGGACAUCAUCACGGAAACGCGCUGGCGGCUCUACGGCUGCAUAGAUCUGCAUCUCGACCACGACACCAUCACCCUCGAGUGGCAGGCGCAGCCGGUGUCGGACAUGUUCGCGGACGCGCUGGUGGCGGGCGUGCUGGCGGCCGCCGCGCUGCCCGCGCCCCGCCACCUGCCGCUCGCGCCCAAGCUGGACCGCAUGCACUUCAAGGAGUGCGUGAUAGAGAUGCUGCAAGAAAUGUUUGGUGAGGACUCCGUGCCGAAGAUGUUCAAGGGUGAAAAGUUAUACGUGGAGGUGGACGGCAAACGGGCAGACAUCGACCUGCUGAAUAUGGAGGUGAGCUGUCCGUCGGACUCGUCCCUGGAGCGCGUGGUGCAGUGCGCCGUGUCCAAGCUGUACGCGGCGCUGGCGCCCGUCAAGCCGCCGCCGCCGCCGCCGCAACCCUCGCAGCCCUGCUGAUGACCUCACUUACUGAUACUGACAAACCAAACUCCGCUGUUGUACC